AUGUGUUGCAACUACUUUGGAAACUCCUAUGGGAGCUAUGGCUGUGGCCUGGGCUAUGGCUAUGGCUGUGGCUAUGGCUCCCGCUAUGGCUGUGGCUAUGGUUCCGGAUAUGGCUGUGGCUAUGGCUCUGGAUAUGGCUGUGGCUAUGGCUCUGGAUAUGGCUGUGGCUAUGGUUCCAGAUAUGGCUGUGGUUACGGUUCCGGAUAUGGCUGUGGCUUUGGUUCCAGAUAUGGCUGUGGCUAUGGUUCUGGAUAUGGCUGUGGUUACGGUUCCGGAUAUGGCUCUUCCUGCUAUAGCUACCGCCCAAUUGUUUACAGGAGUUGCUAUUCUUCCUGCUGCUAA